AUGUCAUGGCUGAAAAAGCAUAAUCCCCAAAUCUCAUGGGAAAAGCACACACUCGUUUUCAAUUCAUCAUAUUGUUCCAAUAAUUGCCUAUCCGUACCUACUGUCCUAGAACUCAAGGCAGUAGAAGAAAUACCACUUCCUUAUCAGGAAUUUGCCAAGGUCUUCUCUGAAGAAGAAUCAUCCAAACUACCGCCCCACCGUCCUUACGAUAUUGCCAUUGAGUUACUUCCUGACGCAAGACCCCGACAUGGCCCCAUAUAUAGUUUAGGCCCAAGGGAAGAUGCAGAACUGAAGGAAACUAUUGAGAAACAACUCAAGGCUGGUCUGAUUCGCCCAUCAAAAUCCCCAAUGGCCUCUCCCAUCUUGUUUGUCAAAAAGAAAAAUGGGAAACUACGUAUGUGUGUGGACUACAGGCGUCUGAAUAGCAUGACCAAGAAAAACGUCUACCCUCUGCCCUUACCACAAAACCUGAUUGAGAAAUUACAAGAAGGUGAUGAAUGGAAAACUGCAUUCAAGACCAAAUACGGACUAUUCGAAUACUUGGUUAUGCCUUUUGGAUUGACAAAUGCGCCGGCGGCUUUUCAAGGCAUGAUGAACGAAAUUUUCCGAGACCUUUUGGAUGUCUAUGUCAUCAUUUACUUGGACGAUAUUUUAGUCUUUUCUCUGAAUGAAAAAGAUCACGAAGUUCAUGUACGAGAAGUACUUAAGAGGCUACAGGACAACGACCUCUUUUGCAAUAUCAAAAAAUGUCACUUCCAUGUGAAGAAGAUUGAUUACUUAGGGUUUAUUAUAUCCGAAUUUGGCAUAGAAGUGGAUCAGUCUAAAGUUACAGAUGCAAUGAAUUGGUCAAUACCCAAAAAUGUCAAGAACAUCCAGGAAUUCUUAGGAUUUGUAAACUUUUACAGGCGAUUUAUCCCUAAUUUUGGCAACAUGGCAUGCCCUUUGUAUAAUUUGCUCAAAAAAGACAAAUGCGAUGCAUCGGACUAUGCCACUGGAGCAAUACUAUCCCAGCGUAAUUCUGAAGGGAAACUAGCCCCCGUAGCCUAUCUAUCAAAAUCCCUAUCCCCAGCCGAAAAAAACUACAACAUCUUUGACAAAGAAUUACUGGCAGUCAUUAGGGCAUUUAAAGAAUGGCGUCAUUUACUGGAAGGAUCGGAACUACCAGUCCAAGUUCUAACAGAUCAUAAGAAUUUGGAGUAUUUCUCCACGUCCCAAUCCCUGAAUAAACGUCAAAUUCGAUGGGCAAACUUCCUAGUUGACUACAAUUUCCAAAUCAUCUAUAGACCAGGAGCGCAAAACAAGAAGGCAGAUAUCCUCUCUAGACGUUACGACCUAGUACCCCUUGAAGGGGGGGUAGAGAACCAAGUUCUCUUGAAACCAGAACUUUUUAUCCUGUCAAUCACCCCAGAUCAGGAAAUUAACGACCUGAUUGGCGAAGCAAUCUAUGAGGAUAACCGGCUAAAAGAGAUCUUGCAUAAACUCCAGAACAAGGAAAAGGUCUUAGACUGGGAAUUGAGAGAAGGACUGCUAUGGUUUCAAGGAAAAAUAUUUGUACCAAAGGACGACACUAUUAGGAACCUUAUCUUGGAAUCCAGGCAUGACGCUUUAGCAGCAGGUCACCCAGGACAAGCUAGGACAUUAGAACUUGUUUCCAGGAGUUACUACUGGCCAUUGCUAAAAAAAUUCGUCAACUCUUACGUCAGCCACUGCGAAACCUGCAUCAGGUCUAAACCAACAAAUCAAGUACCUAUAGGCCUGUUAAAACCAUUGCAAAUUCCUGAACGUCCCUGGGAAGAUAUAGCUUAUGACAUGAUUGUGGGAUUACCGGUUUCAGAGGGCUUUGAUGCCAUUUUAACUGUGAUUGAUUGA